AUGCCGCACUCGCACCACUCUCACAGCGGUCAAUUCUGCUCGCACGCCAAAGACAGUCUCGCCCAGGUGCUCGAGCGUGCACAAACGCUCGGCUUCACCCACUUCCAUCUUAGCGAGCACGUCCCCCGCCAAAACGAAUCCGAGCUAUACCCGGAAGAAAUCGAAGCUUCCAUCACACCUAGCAAGCUUUGCAACACCUUCCGGAACUACCUCGCAGAAGCAAGGAAGCUGCAGCAAGAGUAUGCGAGUCGAUCAUUGCACGUCUUAGUCGGAUGCGAGACAGAAAACAUCACUAGUCCAGGCACUCUUGACUACUUGACGGAAAUGCUUGACAGCGAUGCCAACACUCAACCAGAAUUUGUCGGCAAAGGCGUGGUCGACUACAUCGUAGGCUCGCUUCACCACACUCAUACAAUACCUAUCGAUUUUGAUCGCGAAACGUUCGAUCGCUCCGUUGCCAGCUUUCAAACCCCUUCUCCCUCUUCUACAACCGAGGCACACCUAGCUUUGAUCGACCAGUACCUCGAUGACCAGCUCGAAGUGUUGCAACGAAUCAAGCCUGAAGUCAUCGGCCAUUUCGACAUGUUCCGACUCUUCACCCCAGAGCUGAAAUUGGAAGCGCCGCAGAUUUGGUCCAAGGUCGAGCGUAAUGUUCGCUUUGCUGUCCAGUCUGGCGCUCUUUUCGAAUGCAAUGCUGCCGCGUUCCGGAAAGGUUGGAACACUUCCUAUCCUGGUAAAGAGAUUCUCGAUCUCAUUCUCAGCUUGAAGGGAAGGUUGUGUCUCUCGGAUGAUUCACACGGCGUACAGGCUGUCGGUCUCAACUAUCUGAGAUUGAGGCAAUACUUGGUCGAUUCUGGCGUCGAGACAAUCUGGUACCUCGAGAAAGAUACAUCAUCUUCAACAAAGCAUACGAGAGGUCACGACGGCGCGCCAAUACGCUUUGCGAGAGGGACUGUCGCCAGGCCGAUGGGAAAAGAGUGGUCUUCUCAUCCAUUCUGGACAACAUUUGCGGCAGCACUCGGACGCGAAGCAUAA